AUGUUAAGGGAACAAGGGGGAAGGGGGCUGGGGGUGCAGGUGGUGCUGGCAGGGGCGCGAGGGGAGUUGGUGCGAUGGGAGUUGGUGGCGCUGCCCGCUGCUGUUGUGGAAAGAAAGGAAGGAGGAAGUUGGAGGGGAAUUUGCGGCGAUUAUAUAGCUGGCGUCGGGGCAGUAUGUGAUCCGUGCGCUGGCCAGGAUGACUCUUACGCGCGGUAUGGAGGCCGCGGGCGUUCUGGAAACUUCUGCCAGGGACGGCAGCGAGGUGAGCAUAUUUUUUGGUGGAUUAGAGUGGUGUUGUGGUUGAGCUCUGGCGUUCCUGAGCAACCACGCGGAGGAGAGCAAGUCUUGGCGACCUGUUGGGGACUACGACAUCACGAGUAUUCAAAAGAGACGUAUUGGAGAGAUAGCAUACACGAUAUUCAACAAGCUUGGCACUUACCCAAUACCAUGGUUCCCAUUUUCCGUGUCGCACUCUCGUCAAAAUCUCCUUCUCACCUUCAAAAUGUUCCAUUUCUUCUCUCUCGCCCUCUCUCUCUCUGCCUCUCUCUCCACCCAGAUUAUUACUUUCCGACAUCGCAUCCACCUCAACCCUCUCGAAAACGACGCGCGAAUCCCACCUCGACCGCCCAAUCGCUGUGGCCUGGUGUUGAACAUCAGCCACGGGGACCAGCAAAGUUUCAACUUCGCGGACACGCUCGACCUGCGUUGUAUCACCGACCAUUGUGGAGAGAGAUCUGCGGUUCAAAAAACAAUCUCAACCACGAAGCGAAGACGUACAAGCUUGACAAAUCACCAGGUCCGGGCGCGCACAAGAGUCGGCGGCAGUUUGUGCAAUCAGCCGCCUUAACGACGGAGCUUGGAUGUCUUCAACAUGCUUCGCGCCUGCUUGCCAAUAUGCUCCGUCGGGCACGCGGUAGGCGCGGUGGUUGGUCGAUACAAGGCAGGCUCGAGUUGAGAAGGUGGAACAUCAUGGCAACGGCGGACGAGGUUGGAUACACGGCGGAGAUCAGUGAUGAGAAGAAGGCGAUGCGAGCCAUCCAAUGA